AUUUUGAGAUUUCUGCUCCUUUGCAUUCCAAAGUAAUCUCCCUCUUUCUCUUCUUGAUUGUUGUUGAUGGCCUUCAACAAUCAAGAAUUGUUUGAGUUCAUUACCUAAACCUACAAACAAAGGUGGAAAAAAAGAGAGAGAAGUCAAUCCUCGUAACUUCUCAAUCAUCUUGAUUUUUUGUUUCUCGGGAGGAGAAUGUUGAGAUUUCAAAGCAACCAAGAUCCUCUUUGGAAAUGAUGUUUCGAGAAUCUUGCUUUUGCUAUGGCUUUCUCUUCUUGACUCGAUUUCUCAACAUUCUCUAAGCGGUGUAUUGUAAUUACAGAUCUAUCAAUAGUUGUUGCUAUAAGAGGUUCUCUUACCUAGAUAAAAAUGACGACAAAAGUGAAAGGCCUCUUUAAAGGACUUAAAUAUACCAUCUCUCAUAACAUCUUUGAUGAGAAAGUGCCGGAAUUCGAGAUCGGGCUUCCCACAGAUGUAAAACAUGUAGCACAUAUUGGAAGUGAUGGCCCUUCUUCCACCACUCCAAGUUGGAUGAAUGAGUUUAAAUCAAGCCCAGAGUCUAUGAGCGGCCCUUUGAAUUCUACAGAUGACCUCAAGAGCCUUCCUUCACCAAAAGCACAGUCUGAAGCCGGCGGGCCAGCCCAAAAGUCAAAGCACAAGUCAAGGCGCUCAUCCAGCGACGCGCCAAAGCACUCGCGGCGGCCGUCGACCUCCAGCAGUGCGGCUGGCUCUCCGGCGGGAUCACCCAAGGCCGGAGACGGCGAGAGGAAGUCGAGGCGCCACCGCUCUUCCAACAACCUGGCCAUGGGAUCCCCAGCCAGGGAGUCGUCGGGCGGCAGCGUCAAGUCGAGGAAGAGCAAGAAAUCCUCCAACCAGGGCGGCGACGAAUCCCCCACCGGCCAGGACCAGCCAUCCAUUCCAAAGCAUUCUCGCACCCGAAAGUCGAGAGCCCGAUCGAAGGAUCAGCCCGAAAAUUCCGCUGCCGCCGACGGGCUUCCCCCGACGGCGGACGGUGGCUCCACCAAGAGCACCACCGCCGGCCAUCUAACUUCAGUUUUGGACGCCUACCAAUGAGAUGAUUAAAAACACAAAAUUGAAAAACUUCGGUGGUUUAAUUUGUAUGUGGGUUUUAGAGAUCGGAGAAAGGGUUUAAAGAGAAAAGAAGAAAGGCUCCUCUGUUUCCCUCCAAAUUUUUUUCUUUCUCUUUUUUGACAAUUAAUUUCUUUUGUUGCUGUUCAAAAGUUUCUUGCUUUUUCUUAAUUUUUUCUUCUUCUUUGUUUUGCAUCACCGUAGCUAGAGCUUUGUAUCAAUUUGGAGAAAGGUAUAUAUACAUUGUAAAGUUUUAACAGGAGUUGGAGAAGGCAGAGAGGAAAGGAGUUGUUUACUGUUUCCUGUAAACUUCUUUUGAGAGAUGAUGAUAUAAUGGAAUCAUUCAAUUUGUACUUCUUCACCACCCCCACCACCCUGUGUGCGAGAAACAAAAAGAAAAGUUGCAAUCUUUUCUGUUGUCAAUUUGCUUAUUGGCCAA